AUGUUUCUGGUCGGGAUUGCCUUAGCGUGGGACUCGCAUGACGACGAGGGGCAGCUCGACUUGGGCUCGUCAAACCGAACCCAAACGUACCAAACCUCCAUUAUCCAUAGCUUCCCUUUCCCACCAACCCCCAAAGAUCCCGAAACCGCCGGCCGAUUACCACAUUAUCCCCGAACCUCGACCUUCUUCGUAAGCAAAUAUGGGAUACAAACCCUUCUGAAUGCUGAACAAGAGGCUCAGAAGAUCGUACAGAAGGACCGAGUCCAACGCGUCAAGGAUGCCCGUGCGGAAGCCCAGAAGGAGAUAGAAGAAUACCGCCAAAAGAAAGAAGAAGAAUUCCAAAAAUUCGAGGCAGAGCAUACCGGAAUAAACGCACAAGCGGAAAAAGACGCAGAGAAGGAAAUCGAAGGCAAGCUAAAAGAAAUCGAGGAGGCGGGAAAGAAGAGUAGAGCACAGGUGAUAGAAGAUUUGAUCAAGGCGGUUACAACGGUGGAACCGAAACCACAUAUCAACAGCAAGCACAAAUAG